AACAGUAGAGUCUUAUGCCCCGGUGCACCACCCCAGGAGUCCAACAGCACAGAAAGAAAACACUGAGCUUAGAGCGCACCCCUGAGUGUCCAAGUAAAGACGAAAACAUAUGGAGAAUCUACUGCUGGGAUGCUGGCUGUGAUGACGGAACAGUCUUGCUGGUCUCCUUAACUUUCUUUUGCGGUUUCUUGUGAAUUUAAGAAUAUAUGCUGGAUAUAAGCAGCUGACUUUGAGUGGACACUUAUAGACUAAGAAGAUGAGUUCCAGAAGGCUGCUGAACCGUUCGCUCUCAAGUGAUGGAAGAUCUUCCUACGGUGGCAGUGAUAUCAGCUCUCAGAAUAGAAGAGCUGGCUGUAGGAGCUACCUGAGCAGUGUUCGAUCUGAAAGCAGAAGCACUCUCUGCAGUGUCAUGGCCCAAUUAACUGAGGAGAUACAGCCAUCAUUUGAGACCACAUUCAAAUCCAAAGCUGUGUCUGAAGACACUAACGUCAAGUUCAGCUGUGUGGUCUCAGGUACUCCAUUAGAGAAAGUGAUUCCAUUGUGGAACAAGUUGUCCAAACUUCCUGUUCCCCUGUCUUUAAUUUUAACCGUCACAUUUGCAGGCCACCCAGUCCCUGAGGUGACGUGGUACAAAGAUGAUGAACAGCUGGACAGAUACUGCGGCCUUCCUAAAUAUGAAAUUUCACGUGAUGACAAGACGCAUACACUCCAGAUAUACAACUGUACUCUGGAGGAUGCUGCAAUUUACCAAGCAUCAGCACAGAACAGUCGAGGCAUCGUGUCAUGUUCAGGGGUCUUGGAGGUGGGAACAAUGAGUGAGUACAAGAUUCAUCAAAAUUACUUUGCAAAGCUUAAACUGCGAAAUGAGAACCGGCGUCGAGAGCAGGAGGAGCCCAGCAAUGCAGGCAAAGAGAAUGUCCCAGCUGCUCUUGAGAAUGUCAGGUUGAGCAGUCCUGAAAGAGCCCAAAGGAAACGUAGGUCCCCCAUGGAGAACAGAGCGGCUGGCAGCCCUUCAGAGGAGAAAGCCAUGGAGGUGGAUGCUCUCAGUCCAACAGCUCCAGUUCAAGAGUCAGCAGCAGCAUCUGUUCAUGAAAUCUCAAACUGUGAAAUGAUCACAAACAGAGACAAAGAUGGCCAGGGGAUAACAUAUAUCCAUGAUACCAUGCAUAAUGCCUCCAGCAAACAGACUAAUGAGCAUUAUGUCAAGAAGAAGAUCAAAAUCUCAACAGAAGCAACAGAGGGAAUUAAGGAAAACAGACAGGCUGGAAGAAGGGAAGAGAUAAUGAAUGAGAGUGGGACUUCCACUGAGAAGAUGGAAGUACAGAACACUGUUGAUCAGAUCAUUUCCGUGACUGAAUAUGAAAAUAAAAUGGACAUAACAGACAGACAAAUAAGUGAAAAACAAUCAGUGAAAGUGAACAAAAGUGCCUCAAAAGAAUCAAAGAGAAUUCAGGGUGCUCAGACUGCCUCAGUGUCUGAAUCUAGAAACAAAAUGGACAAAACAGACACAAGAAAAGGUGAAAAAACUUCAGCACACAUGAGCAAAAGUGUCUCAGAAGAAUCCAAAAUAGCUCAGGGUGCUCAGAUUACAUCAGCAACAGAAUCUAAAAUCAAAAUGGACAAAGCAACUGAGAAAAAGUCAGAGAGAGAGAAAGAAAUGGUCUCAGAAAAAACAAAGGGAGCUCAGGGUGUUCAGAUGACUGAAUCAAGAAUUAAAAUGGACAUAAAAACAAACAAGAAUCAAAAAUUCUCAGUGAAUGCAAACAAAAGUUUUUCAGGUGAACCAGAGAGAGCUCAGGGUGCUCAUAUUGCCUCUGAAUCAAGAAACAAAAUUGGCAUAACAGUUACAAAAACAAAUGAAAAACUGCCAGUAAAAGUAUGCAAAAGUGCCUUAGAAGAAUCGAAGAGAGCUCACCAUGCCUCAGUAACUGAAUCUAGAAACAAAAUGGACAUAACAGUCAAAAAAAUGAAUGAAAAACAGUCAGAGAAAGUGAACAAAGGUGUCUCAGAAGAACCAAAGAGUGCUCAGAUUGUCUCAGUGACUGAAUCAAGUAGCAAAAUGGACAUAAAAGACACAAAAAAGAAUGAAAAACAGUCAGAGAAAGUCAAUAAAAGUGUAUCGGAAGAAUCAAAGAGAGCUCAGGGUGUUCAGAUUGUCACAGUGACUGAAUCAAGUAACAAUAUUGACAUAACAGACACCAAAAAAAAUUAUAAACAGUCAGAGAAAGCGAAGGAACGUUCCUCAGAAUCAAAGAGAGUUCAAAAGCCCAUUACAACCCAGAAACGACUUCCACUGAAGUUUUCCAUGACAACCCAGACGAACAAGGUGUUUGAGAACACAAAGCUAACUAAAUCAACUGACAAUGGGACAUCAAACCUCCAACCUCAGGCUCUAGAUACUAUCCAGAACUGUAAUCCAAGAGUUACAGACAACAAGUUCGUGGAUUUAGAUGACCACAGGAAUAAAACUCCAGUAGGUACAUAUGUGAGGAUCUUUCCUCAUUCCUGUGGUGGAGAUGACGUCAAUGUGGACACAGGGGAGAGGAAUGCGUCUGCAUGCUCUCUUAGGAGCUUGUCUGCAGGUAAUACUUGCCCUCAACCCACAGAGCCACCAAUUUGUGGAGACGUUCCUCCUUUUCACAAGGAAGCACACACGGAUAUAAAGCAGCCACCCUCAUUAAUACACGAGGUCACUGCGAGUGUUACGGAAACACUCAGUUCCUGCCACCUUGCAUCACAGGGAAAGAAGCUGAGAACAGGUGAUCAGUCUGUCGCAUCAACAAAGAGCAGUACACUUGUCAGUGAGCUUCAAAACACUCAGCCGAGUGAGAAAAUCUCCUCAGGUCAUAUUUCACACAUGCUUCAAGAUGGCCAAGUCACUACAGCUAUGAGUUCCUCAUUAGGAGAUGACACAUUAACUAACAUGUGUGAGAAGGAUAGCAAAUCUGAAAGCCGACUUAUCAACGAGUCUGAUAAACUAAAAGGUGAAACAAAAUUUGCAUCUGUUUCUAAAGAAAAAUCAACUGCAAACUCAAACCAUUUCACAAAUCAAGUCAUUGUCACAGAAUUUGUACAAUUUCACACGACAAACUCAGAUGUGUUGCAACCACAGACCAUGAAUGACUCAUCAAUCUCUAAUGUUCAAAUGAAAGAUAAUAAGGCCCAAGAGUGGCAGAGCACUUGCCUUGAAUCUACAGACAAUGUUGCUAAAGUGGACAUACAGGAACAGUCUAAUGUAACCAUAUCUGAACUACCCAUAUUAACUCAUCAAAAAGCCAAGGAUCAUUCUGGCCCCUCUACAUUCCUCUCCCAACGUUCAAAGGUUUUACCCACAGAAUUUACCAUUCCCACAAUAUAUAUAACAGAUGUGGACAGCACAUCUCAAAAUAGUACAGAAACAGAACAUACUGUAGAUGCUGUUGAAACCAGAACUGAAAUGAAUACAGUUACCGCUAAUGUGACAAAUAGCAACACAAUCAUGCAAGUUGGUAAUAUAUCUGAAUGCACAGAAACCACAAACAAAACCACAGCUGUUUUGGAAUCUGAAAGUCUGCGUGAUGAAAAGCUUGAUUUUUCCCCGCAUUCACAACACCCCAAAGUCAACAAGCCUCAUCAACAGCCACUAACCCAAGAAAAACUGAUUCAAGGACCUGAAUCAAGUCACUGUGUCACUGACUUUGUUGCAUCAGACUUAAUUAGAUUGAAAGAUGUCACUAUGCAACAUAACUCUGCUGACAAAAUCAUAAAGACCAAUGAAGCUGACUUAGCUGAAAACUUCAUAAAACAAUUGAAGUUGGCUGCAUUAGACCUUGAUCUAAGUACUACAGACAAGAUUAAUGCUGCACCACAUUUAAAUGUGAAAGAAAAUCUUAAAUGUGGCGAGGAAGUAAAUUUUGCAGUGACAGAGCUCAAUACCUGUAAGGUAACAAUUCCAUCAAAGACUACAGACCAGGUCUUCAACACUACUGCUGUCCACAGUGAGCUUGCCACCAAGACCGAUCAGAAGACUACAUUACCCAGGAUUAAAACAGAGAAGAGUGAAACAGGAAUGACCGUAUGUUUUGAAGAAGCAAAAAGAGAUUCAUAUCAGGGGGACAAUUUAUCUUUGAAGACACAACCUGCAUCUCUAGUACAGUCAGUAAGUAAUUCACCAUCGAAGACAUCAUUGGAAACACACUCCCCUUGUUUCACCCGGAGGACUGUCCAGGCUGACCUCCCCAAACCUGCAGGAAAUGAGAAUGUUAAGCCCAAAUCAGCAGAGAAGGAGAAAGAAAACCAAUUCAAAGUCCCACAGGUUAUCCGUAAAAUCCGACCAGAGGUGUUUGAUGCCUCUGGGCAUCUGAAACUCUGGUGUCAGUUUUUCAACAUAGUAAGUGACUCAACAAUAAAAUGGUACAAGGAUGAAGUGGAAAUUGCUGAGAUAAAAAGAAGUGCAGGAGAUGAGACUCAAGUGUGCUUGGCUAUUAUACAGAUGUCCAAAAGAGACUGUGGUGUUUACAGAUGCACCAUUACCAAUGAAUAUGGCAAAGAUUUCACAGAGUAUCUUCUUAGCACAGAGUUUCUGUCCAAUAUGUUCCUGCGUCAGGAGCUCAAGGAAGUUGGGGAGGAGAUUGAGAUGACUCCUCUGAUCUUCAGUAAAGGUCUUGCUGAUGCAGGCUGCUGGGGUUCAAAGUUCUACGGCCGUGUCACAACAGAAGAAGCUCAGGUUGGCCUGGGAUGUGAGCACAAAACCAGAUGGCUGAAAGUGAUCUACGGAUUAGAUCCUGUGUUUGAGUCAGGCAGCUCAUGUUUUAUGAAAGUGCGAAGUCCUAUUGCAUAUGAGAGCAGAGAGGAGACUGUCUUGGCUGAAAGGAAUCUUCAAAUCACAAAACAGGACUGCAGAAUUCAGAACAUGGCUAGAGAGUACUUCAAGAUCUUUGCUACAGAGACAAGAGUGAUAGAGAGCUUUGGUGCAGCACUGGAGGUAAUCCCUCUAUACUUCAUGUACUUGCCAGCGAGCAGUAUUCCUUAUGCAACAGUGGAGGCAGAGCUUAAGGGUGUCUAUUUGCGGUAUUGUGGACUGGAUCGCUCCGGGUCACUGGUAUUUAAUGAGAAGUUAGAAGUGGCACAAAAGUGUUCUUGUCUCCAGCACUGGAUCUACCAGUGGACCAGUGGAAAUGUGCUGUUCUCCAGACUUGAGGGAGUUGAUACAAUACUGACAAAUAUCGGAAUAGCAGUCAGGUCAAAGGGGUAUCAGGGGUUUCCUUGUGAGGCUAAUCCGAAGGUUUUCGAGCAGUUUCAGAUUCAGCAUCAGUGUAAUUACUUCUGUGGUCUCUUAAACCUCAAACCUCUAAAAGCCCCAGAAACACUUCAGACCUCAACCAGACCCAAGGGCUCAAGCAGUCCACUACUACAACACAAAACAGCACCCAGCUCCUCUAGUCCCCAGACCCCACGCAAGGCCACAAAGAGCCCCAAAGUAUCCCGCAAGCUUAAUCCACAGACAUCCACCUAACUCAAAAUAAAGUAGGCACUAUACAUAGGGAAAACUAAAGGAAAGAGCGGUCCGUCUGUUAUUGAUUCAGAACAUUGAUCAAUGAUCUGCAGUUAAGAUGCAGCUGCAUUUACUACCUGAAUGUAAGUAAAACAAGUUUUGAUAAAUGCACCAUUUUAAAUGAAAUAUGUAAAUCCAGAAAAAUUACCUAAUCUUCUGUUGCAGUGCUCUUUACAGAAUCUGUUCUGUAAUCCUUUUAGAGGUUUUUGAAAGGGCAUUGUAAAAAUUUGUGUGAUAAUGUCAAGUGCAGCUGUAGCACUAAAAACUUUAUAUUACCUCUUUGUUUAUUUCUAAAGGAAGUACGGUGCUGUUGGAUGAUUAGCUGUUUGUAAAUAGUAAUUAAAAAUAAGAAGAGUUUUGUUGUGUGAGAGCAUAUUAUUUUAAUUUGGUUGUGGAUUAACAUGCAUAAUGCAUAUCUGGAAAAUGUAAUUUAAAUGAUAAAAUUUUUUCAGAAACACUGCAAGCUAUUGAACACUGUCCAUUAAAAUUUGACAUAUUCUCAAAAUUGUUUGUUCCAAAGAAUACAUUUAUAUGUGUUUUGCUAAACCAGGGGGGAGUAAAAUGAGAGACUAUUUACGGCUGACCUGAGCUUGAUAUGAAAGGCAUAAUGGAAACACAGAAACUGAUGAUAACAGUAUUUAAACAAUGACAUGAUUUUAAUGUUGAGUUGACAUUUUAAAUUUUUAAUUUCAUCUGUUGUAUCUUCCAAUCUUAUCUCAGAUAUCCCACAUUGCAUUACUGGAUGAACUAACAUGCUGGUGAUCAGUCUAUAAAUUUACCUUUGGUUUAAAUACAAAUUAAAAGGAAGUUAUCCAAACAGUACAUAGUAAGUCUUACUUAAAAGGAAAAUGUGCUUAUUUAAUGUCAUAUGUUAUGUCACAUGCAUGAACACUAGUGCAUUUUGACGUCACAUCACAGAAUGUAAUUAAGACAAUUAAAUAAUCACACCAGAUCAAUUGAAUAAAUCUGUUCUAUGCCAGCUUG